AGUGAGUGCUCACAUGUCCAAUGUUUGACCCAACUGCUUUCUUUCUCCAUUACUCCCCUCUCGCUCCCACACAAAUACACAACAGAAUCAUACCCUGAUCAGAGAGUUUCUCACACACACACACACACACACACUCACAAAACACCAUGGUGAAGUGCCUGAUACGGAUCAAGACGAAGGUCAACGUUCACCUGCGGAUGAUUAAUCACUGUUACCGGGAUGUGAAGGUGCGGGUGCUGACGUUGGGACCCAGACUUCUGGGUAACGUUUUGGGUGCUCUGCCCAUCAUACCCUCUCUACCCGAGUCCAGUAACUCCUCUGGGAUCAGCCUCUCCCCAUAUGGACGAAGCCACAGAGCCACAGAUUUGCUACAUGUCGGCAGUCACUCUAUACCUGAGCACUCCGUCUUGAGUAGCACUUCAUUAUUGAGCACACACAACAGUGGUCCAGAGGGUCAGAAUGGAGAAGCAAUAUAUUCAGAAGGAUCUAACAUGCCCUCCAGUGAUGUGUUACCCACACCAGAAUUCAAAGGCACACAUGACCAGGAUGUGAGGGAUCCAGAAUCAGUCCUUCUGAAAGGAGGUACAUUGGCCCACAGUGAAAGCCAUACGCCUAGAGGGAGAGCAUCUCACCUGGGAAAACUCAAAGCGCACACUGGUGGCAUGGAGACACAGCAGGCUCGUGAGGUGAUGGGCAUGUUGGCACGGUUGGUCUUAGUGAUGCUUACUCUGCUCUUGGUCCUCCUCCUGCUUCUCGUCGCUCUAACGGAAUCCAAACUUGAUGUGUCUUUUCUGAGAGACAUUCGCGAGACACCUGAAUUCCAGCAACUCCACUAUGCCUACUUUUGUCCACUGAGACGCUGGAUAACCUGCACACUGCGGUGGAUAGGGGUCCGUCUCAUAAAGGAGUAAUGUGAUAAUGAGCCUCUAUAUAUUUUUCUCUUCUCUCUGAUUGUAUAGUAUUUUAUUUUAUUUUACAUAUUUAUUGCUGCUACUGUAGUAAAUAAGAACCUCUUCCUCUAAAAUAAAAAAAAAAUAUAUAUAUAUACACACAAACACACACACACACACAAUAUAUAUAUGACACAACUGUUAUUAUUUGUUACAGACCCUUUUUGUGCCAGCUUCUUAAUUUAUUAAUUUAUUAAUUUAUUUGCCUUGUGCUACAACAAAAAGAGCAAAACUCCAGCAUUAAUGCUGGCAUGGAAAUAGACCUAUAAGAAGGAUGUGAAUGUUUUGAAGGUUAUCUAUAAAGUCUGACAGACAGUUUUAUUUAUGAUUGUUUGGUUCCUGAGCAAUUAAUAUAAUAACAAAGAGAUGUGGUAGGGUGAUGGCCAGCAGUGUUUGAAUGAUACCUAUACAGGGUAUAACAACACAGGAUGCAUUUCUAGACCAAAACGUGACGUGACAUCUUUAUUAGGCCAGUUUGCUGUAGGCAUGAAGGAGAUGAUGUGGAUGCUCUUGGUGCACCUGAGGUUUGAGGAGGUUUGUACUGUAAAAAGUUUAUGUAAAAAUUUGAUCCUAUCCUAUGCUGUAAUAACACAAAAACAUGAGUAAAUUAUACACUGUAUGGCCAAAAAUAUGUGGACACUUGACCAUUACACCCAUAUGUGCUCCUUCCCUAAACUGCUGCCAUAAAGCUGGAAGCACACACUUGUAUAGAAUGUCUUUGUAUGCUGUAGCAUUAUAAUUUCCCUUCACUGGAACCAGGGGUUGGGCCCAAACAUGUUCCAGCAUGACAAUGCACCUGUGCACAAAGCGAGGCCCAGAAGACAUGGUUUGCCAUGGUUCUCUCAAGUGUCCUGCACAGAGCCCUGACCUCAACCCCACUGAACACCUUUGGGAUGAAUUGGUACACUGACUGCACCCCAGACCUCCUCACCUAACAUCAGUGUCUGACCUCACUAAUACUCUUGUAGCUGAAUGAUCACAAAUCCCCACAGCCACGCUCCAAAAUCUAGUGGAAAGCCUUCCCAGAAGAGUGGAGUGGUUUUAUUAAGAGCAAAGGGGACUAAAUCUGGAAUGGGAAAUUCACAAAACACAUUCUGUAUGCGUGUGAUGGUCGGGUGUCCACAUACUUUUGGACUUCUAGCGUACAUUUAAAACAACCAGGUAUGCCUUUCCAAAAAGUCAUAUCUAUUGGAAUACAUUAUAUAUCUCAUAAUACAGUAAACAGUGGGGACCUACUCAAUCUAUUUUUUGGAGACUCUGGCUGGAGUUUUGAGAUUUUGGUACCCCUGAGACUGUCUUUCAUUGUCCUUAACCUUUAAUUUGAACCCUGACAGUACCCUGAGAUGAUGGUUCAUUUGUAAUGUAAAGGCUAGAAAGUGUCCCAGUGAUUUGUAUAAGGAUAAUCCCAUUUUAGGGAAAAACAUGAUGUACUUUCAUUUAAAAAAAAUACACAAUGUAAAAUUUUGGAAUUUAGCACACUCGCUGCUUGAGGAGGAACAUUUUGUCACAGCUACAUAUUGUAUCUUCUGACAGAAUUCAAGUCUGUAUCCCAAACUGCAUACGAUAUACUAUGUACUACAGUAGCUUUCGGUUUAGGAAAUGGUCCAACAAUUUGUGUGUCACGAUUACUCAGUAUUACAGAAAUUUUAUGUGAAUAAAAUAAAUUUAUUAUGCACAUAAAUGUGUCUGU